AUGAACUAUGCAAGACCCCUCACCAACCUCGAACUUCAACACGCGAUUGCGGCCGAAAUCGCCUGGCCCUUUGGGAUCGGAGAGUCUCACAUUGAUGAGCAUUUCUUGCCUACUAUUGAGUUUAGUUCUACAUGCGCCGGAUUGACCACAGUCGACGAAGAAACGGGAAUUUACACAGCGAGUAUCUGCGUCGGAUAUCUCUCAUCGCCGGUAUUUGAGAACGGCCCCUGUGUAACAGAAGAAGAGGUUAAGGCGCGUCUCGAGUCAAACCCUCUGUACGACUAUGCAGCCCGCUUUUGGGGGCACCACGCACGAACAGCUUCGACUGUCCAGCGGAAGCUGAUGCAGUUUCUUGUCAGCCGGAUCAAUCAGAAUUUCCCCAAGAAAAUAUCAGGACCUCACUUAGCAACAUACUUUGGGACGCAUAGACCCGUCAAUGACAUUGUUGAAAACAGAAAGAGUCAUGAACUGCGGGAUAGUUGCAGUCGGGCGCCACUCUUGAUCGCAUCCGAGAACGGGCGCGAGUUGGUGGCUGAUUUGUUGCUUGUGGAUGGGGCUGACAUUGAAGUCGAGAAUAACGAUCAACAGACGGCGCUCCAUCUCUCAACAAAGGGUUCCCGCGAAGGCGUGGUACAGCUGUUGCUAAACCACGGAGCCAACUUUGAUGCCCGCGAUGGAACUGGCAUGACUCCUCUUCAUUGGGCGGCGCAUAACCCCCGCUGGGCUGACCUGACAACCAUCGCCAAACUGUUUCUGGACAAGGGCGUGGUCAUUGAGGCUCAAGAUGGCGAUGGAGCUACGCAUUUCUGGCGUCUUUCAAUGUUUCCAGAAUAG